GGCAAGGGAAACACGAACCUGCAGACUCACAAGCGCCAAGCCAUACCUUCACAGAGACCAUGAAGCUGACAAUACUGCUCUGUGCUAUCGUGCUCCUCUCUCUCUCUGUUUUUGCCAUGGAUGAAGAAAGACCCCCACAGCCCAGAGAGCCUCAGUGUGAGGUGUAUGAAAGCGGCAUGUGCUCCAGAGAGUUUGAUCCUGUGUGUGGGAGCGAUGGCAACACUUACACCACUGAGUGUGUGCUGUGUAAAGAGAACAAGCUUAAACACAAGCAAGUCCUGGUCAAGCAUGGAGGAGUGUGUGAGGCAUAACAAGAAGUCUCUCUGGACACCUCUCCUGCCAGAAUUAUCCAGAGUAAGGAGGAGUAUCACAGGACACCAGCUUUCUAAAUCUGUAGUAAACUGUAGACUAAUAAAAUUAUGAAGCAUGAA